AUGCUCUCUCUCAAUACCCCGACCUACUCGGCGCCCUCUGGGUACCAGCUUUCUGAGCUGCCAAAGCCGGAGCUCGAGGACAGCGACGAUGUGAUCAUCAGGGCCCAUGCUGCCAGCAUCAACCCUAUCGACGUCAAGAAGGCGGGCGGGAUGCUGAAGAUGGCGAUGACGGAUGAGUUUCCGUACAAGAUUGGCUACGACUGCGCCGGCACCAUAGUAGAAGUCGGCAGCAGCGUGAGCCAUCUCAAGGCCGGCGACGAGGUAUACACUCGCCUGCCAGAAGCCUCUCGGGGAUCAUGCAGCGAGUUCGUGAUAUGUCCAGGGAAAGAUGUUGCUCUCAAGCCCCCGUCUCUAUCGUUCACGGAUGCUGCCUCUAUCCCACUGGCGGCGAUGACAGCCCUGCAAGCACUGCGACGCUACGACGGUGACCUUGCUGGGAAAACCGUGCUGGUCCCCGCUGGAUUGGGUGGAACGGGGCUAUUUGCCUGCCAGUUGGCGAAGCAUGCGUUCAAAGCCGGCAAGGUGAUCACAACAGUAUCAACUUCAAAGAUACCCAAGGUGAAAGAGCUUUUGGGAGACGACACCGUCGACGAGAUCAUCGAUUACACAAAAGUAGAUCCAAAGGAUGCGAUCCAGCCCGGUACGGUAGACUUCCUUUUUGAUACCGUUGCAAACGCAAUGGAAUACCUGAGCUUGAUGCGGCCCAAGACAGGCCAUAUCAUCUCGGUGUCGACUGCACCGUCCGGCGACCAGCUUCAGACCUCUUCUUUGAUGGAUUUACCCCAUCGGCCAGUCCUCCCGCUGCCGAUCAAGCUCGCCCUGAACGUUAUGGACAGCGUCCGUAAGUUUCGGGCGCGUCGUUAUGGUGUUACCUAUUCCUACAUGUUUCUUGAGUCGAGCGGCAAGGACCUCAAUGAGCUGAGAGAUCUCGUUGAGUCCGGCAAGCUGAGGACGGUUGUGGGCACGACCGCGAACUUAAGGGAUCUCCAGGCCGUCCGGGAGGCCUGCCAGAUUGUUUACAGCGGCCGGGGUGGCCUUGGGAAGGUAGUUAUCAGAGUGGUUGAUUAA